AUGUCGUUCAAUCCCGGGCUGAGCGAAGCAGAGGUUUUUCUGGCCUCGUUGCAUUCUUCAGAGAGCAGUGAUGAAUAUAAAAGUGAUUAUUGGGACGCCUACAACAAAAAUUCGCCCGGAAGUAACAGCAACAGCAACAGCCACAGUAACAGCAUCAGUAACCAUUUUGAUCCAGACGGUAUGUGGACCGAACAGAACUCUGGUAGCUUGAAUUUGACGCCGGAAUCGUUCCAGGAAUUCCCGCUGCAACCUCAGCAGCAGCAGCAGCAGCAGCAACGUCAACAACAACAACAACAACAACAACAACAACAACGGCAACAGACCGCUACGGAUUCCAACACUCUCCACGAUGAUGUGGUCUCGUCUGCAAACCACACGACAGACGACGUUUACAUCAAAACUGAUGAAUCGCCAAGUUUCGCGUUCGAAUCCGGAGAGCUCCAGGAUUUCAUGAAAAGUGAAAAGUCCCCAGGAUUGGAUUCCCUGGAAUCGCAUUCCUUCGCAGAUUCCGCACACAGCAAAGUGAUGAAGCCCAAACGCGAAAGAGUGUCUCACAACGUCAUUGAAAAGAAGUACAGAACUAACAUCAACGACAAAAUUCUACAAUUAAGGGACAUUAUCCCAACGCUUCGUUGUGCUGUGAAGCGUGCUACUGGUGAGGCACUGACGCGUGAAGAUUGUGUAGAGCUCGAUGGGUUGGAAGUGGCCUGCAAGCUUAACAAGGCCUCGGUCCUGAUCAAAACUAUCGAGUACAUUCGCCAUCUAGAAAACAAAUGCACUACCCUUAAGUUCGAGAACUCAAAGCUCAAAACCGGCCAGGGUUUUACCACCCCAGAAAGUGACAGAAACGUUUCCAGUAGUGCAAACGAUUUCGUUGCCAAUUUACCCUCCGAUCGGUCCACUCAACACGGCACACCCUAUGCCGAAGCCUAUCCGCAGAAACAGGAGUUUUCGCCCAGCAGGUACUUGAUGGGUGGCCUUGCUUUGACAAUGGGUGCGUCCUGCUUCGGCGAUGGUAACGACCUCGACAAUGCCAAGAGUUUGAUGUCCAUGCCAAUAAUGCACUAUUCUCCGGGCAGCGGUCUGGCUUUUUCUAACGCCAAUGGCGUCAUCAGCUUGCAGGCAGCAUUCCUUUCUAUCCUUCGGCUCAUGAUGUUGCUCGCCACUGGUGUCUACUUUAUCCAUAUACUGUUCGAGAAGUAUUUUGGGGGCAAAGAAAAGACACAUGAAUUGCCAUUGGUACCCUUCACAGAUACGGUCAAUUUCACUGAUUUCUCGCAUGUCUUUGAAACUUUGAAAAAAACAAUUGUAUUGAAUAGGCUAAAAUAUCCUGUCAACUCUAUCGAAAGAAUCGAGUCAGAAAUCGUCAAUUGUUUUGCCUUGAAAUUUUAUCGCUUUAGGUUUCCACUCAAGAUAUGGAGUAACAGGCAUAUCCACUCAUCAUGGUCCAAGAUCAAGAAACAAGUCGAGCUGGCCAAUCUUCGAAAUGGCGGUGCUCUAAAAAAUGGAAUUGAAUGGGGUAUGAUCACAAACGUUGUUACAAGUUCAAAAUUAGACACCUUGGAUUGUGAGCAGCUUGAAGAAGCUAUUGUUGAAAAAGGUUCCUUUACGCUGAAAGAAUUCAUUCAGUUUGUUAACAAUUUUAUGGUCAAAUACCGAAGUGAUGCUGUGGUCGUUAGUUUGCUCACUGAACUAAGCUCUGCUGAGAAGUCUACCAAUGAAGUCACUGAGAAGGUUUUCGAAUCCAAAGUUUUCAAUAACACAGACCUUCAGACGUCAACCGAGAGCUUGACCGUUUUGAAUACUUUGUUUGAACCAACCGAAAACAAUGUAAAUCAUUUGCUCAAACUAGUAAAGCAGAAAAUGGAAAUGGGCGUACCAGUUAGCGACCAAAUACUAGUCCUUUAUUCCGGCAUAAUAAGGAGUUUGCUUUCAAGCGGCCAUGUUAAACAGGGUUGCCACUGGGCUUCGAAUAUUCCUGCGAAACAAAUUGCUGCUAAGGAUACUUCGAUUAUAGGCGUUGCUGCCAUACUUCUGGUUCUCAAGAGCUUGUUCGCGGCACCGCAAUCUGAAGAAUGGCAGGAAAAUUGUCUUGAGCUGGAUGUUUUGAUCGGGAAUGUAAGGAUAUGGCUUGGAAAUGAUUCGAACUCCGGCUUGAGCUUGGACGCUAAGGGUAAACUCGUUGAUUUUUGUGUUGAUUGCGCACUGAUAUGCGGAAGCAGGCAGCUGGAUGAAGACACCGAUGUGGAAAGUCCGAGUGAGGAUUUGAGCGACGAUGAACUAGUCCGGUCAGAUGUUUGA